CAACUUUUUCAAAACAAAAAGUGAUUCUCCAACGAUCGCAUCGGAUUUAAAUAUAUUUCAACAAUAUAGAAAGAGGGCUAAUUGAUCGGCGAUUUGCGACGGCUGGCGAUACGGUUAAGAACGCAUCGGGCAUUGCCGGAACAGUUCAGUUGCCGAAGGGUCAUCAACUCGAACGCUUGCCGCUGCUCAAGUCUCCUCGCCACACACUACUCCGCCGUACAACAUGAAGAUCGAGUGGGCGCCCGUCAAAGUGCCGCCCAAGCGUCGCUUGGAGACUCUGGUCACGGGCCUCUUCACCUUGUUCUUCUUCACGCUGCCUCUGACAUCGUUCCUGAUCAUGGCCCUACUCCUGUACUUUGGCGGCUUUGUUGUACGCACUCUUCUGGUAAUCUAUACGGCCUACAUAUAUAUCGAGCACAAACGCACCUACUCCGCCAUGGACGGCAAUGGCUGGAUGCUGAACCGCACGAACUGUCUGUACCGCAUAUAUCGUAAUUAUUUUCCUGUGCAAUUGGUGAAGACCGCGGAGCUGCCGCCCAACAGAAACUAUAUAUUGGCCAGCUUUCCGCACGGCAUUCUUGGCACCGGCAUUUGCAUCAAUAUGGGCCUGGACAUUAGCCUUUGGCUGCAGCACUUUCCCCAGGUGCGUCCCAAGGUGGCGACACUCGAUCAGCAUUUCGUGAUACCCUUUCUGCGAGAUUUGCUGCGCUGGUGGGGCUUGGUGUCCGUGUCCAAGGAGUCAUUGGUCUAUUAUCUGACAAAGUCCAACGACCCAAAGCAUUCGGACAAUCGUGAUGGCUUCACAUCGAAUGCUGUGGCCAUUUUGGUUGGCGGCGCACAGGAGGCGCUCGAUUCGCAUCCCGGCAAAUACAUUCUUACGCUGAAGAAUCGCAAGGGCUUCGUGAAGAUGGCCAUACGCACGGGUUCGUCGAUUGUGCCGACCAUUUCCUUUGGAGAAGUCGACAUCUUCGAUCAGGUGGACAAUCCGCCGGACUCGCUGCUGCGCCGGCUGCAGACGAUGGUCAAGAAGCUGACGGGCAUAUCGCCGCUGAUUCCCGUGGGCCGGGGCUUCUUCAACUAUACCUUUGGCUUUGUGCCCUACCGUCGACCCAUCGUGCAAGUUGGUAAGUGCUCAGCUGGGCUUAAAAGACUUUCGAUCUCGGGUUUUAAUGCGAACUGGUUCAUUGCUUUAGUUGGCGCGCCAAUUGAUGUGGUGCAGAGCGCACAGCCGGAUCCGGCGUAUGUUGAUGAGCUGCACGGCAAGGUAAUGGAGGCUCUGGAGCGCAUGUUUGAUCAGUAUAAAGAUAAAUAUAUGCCGAACGCCACAAAAACACAACUUGUAAUACACUAAACGCACGGAAUAACUGUUUCGCGGAGCUGCCAACUUGCCCACAAAAUUGCCACAUUGGCAUUUACUAUGCAGCCAAAUUCGGUCACACUUAAAACUGAAGGCGUUACUUUUCAAAUGACUUCGAGCGUAACGCAACAAUUGAAAAUAAACUGAAAAACAAACAAGUUGCAAUUGUUAGAUGCGCAAAAGUGAUGUUAAGUGAUUAAUCUAAAUACAAUUUGUUAUAAGCAUUGAUCUAUGUUUAGCGUUUAGUUAAUUAUACACAAUAAUAAAAAAGGUUAGUUGGUUAAUUUUAACGAAA